GCAAGUAUCGAUUACGCUCUGAUCAAAUCAAAGCCGAGAGAUUCAUAAUUUUCGAAGGAACCACCAUAGUCCCAUAGAUGAUGGCGGCAAAGGCGGCUUCGUCUUCCAGCCUCCCCAAGUCUGGAGCCAUCUCCAAAGGCUACAAUUUCGCUUCAAACUGGGAACAGAGCGCUCCUUUGACAGAGCAGCAACAAGCAGCUAUAGUUUCAUUAUCCCACGCAGUCGCUGAGCGCCCAUUUCCUGCCAAUCUUGUGCAUGAGCAUGUUCCCCGUCCCGAGAAUGGCUUGUCUGUCUCAGCAGAGGACACUACUUUGGGAGAUUCUGGAGCAAUUGAAGCUGUUUUGGUUAAUACAAAUCAGUUCUACAAAUGGUUUACUGAUCUUGAAUCUGCAAUGAAGUCUGAGACAGAGGAAAAAUAUCGGCACUAUGUCAAUACUUUAACUGAGCGCAUCCAAACGUGUGAUGAUAUACUUCACCAGGCAGGUUUCCACCAAGUUUUGCACAUCACUGUGGACUGUGGUCUUACCUUGCCGCUUCAACAUCAAGGAGUUACAACAAAGACUAAAACUCUUCAUGAUGCAUGUGACCGGCUGUUAAUGGAGAAACAGAAAUUGAUGGAAUUUGCAGAAGCUCUAAGGAGUAAGCUCAACUAUUUUGAUGAACUGGAGAAUAUCUCCUCCAAUUUUUAUUCUCCAAAUAUGAAUGUUUCAAAUUCAAACUUUCUCCCACUACUGAAACGGCUUGAUGAGUGCAUAUCGUACAUCGAAGAUAAUACUCAAUAUGCGGAGUCUAGUGUUUAUUUGCUCAAAUUUCGUCAGCUCCAGUCACGGGCCUUGGGCAUGAUUCGAACUUACAUUCUUUCAGUGCUCAAAACUGCUGCUUCCCAGGUUCAAGCAGCAUUUCGUGGGACAGGUGGAAACAAAACAUCUGUCUCAGAGGGUGUUGAGGCAUCUAUUAUAUAUGUACGCUUCAAGGCUGCUGCAAGUGAGCUUAAACCUGUAUUGGAGGAAAUCGAAAGUAGGUCAGCAAGAAAGGAAUAUGUUCAAAUUCUUGCAGAAUGCCACAGACUAUAUUGUGAACAACGGCUCUCACUUGUAAAAGGCAUAGUUCACCAACGAGUCUCUGAUUUCGCCAAGAAAGAAGCACUGCCAUCUUUGACUAGAUCGGGUUGUGCAUAUCUUAUGCAGGUUUGUCAUAUGGAGCAUCAACUGUUUACUCAUUUCUUUCCAGCAUCAUCAGAAGAAGUUUCAAGUCUGGCACCUUUAGUGGAUCCUUUGUCUACGUACUUGUAUGAUAUUUUACGCCCAAAACUGAUUCACGAAGCAAAUAUUGAUCUUCUAUGUGAGCUCGUUCAUAUCCUUAAAGUUGAAGUCCUGGGGGAGCUGUCAGCUAGACAGAGUGAACCCCUCGCUGGACUGCGGCCUACAUUACAAAGAAUUUUGGCCGAUGUCAAUGAGAGAUUGACUUUCCGUGCCAGAACAUAUAUUCGAGAUGAGAUAGCAAAUUAUAUUCCUACUGAUGAAGAUCUGGAUUAUCCUGCAAAGCUGGAGGGGUCUCCUAAUACAACAUCUGAAACUAAUCUCGGGGAUGAUGAAAACGCUGAUGUAUUUAAGACUUGGUAUCCACCUUUGGAAAAGACUCUCUCUUGUCUAUCUAAAUUAUAUCGAUGCUUGGAGCCUGCAGUCUUCACUGGAUUAGCACAGGAAGCUGUUGAAGUUUGCUCUCUGUCAAUUCAAAAAGCCAGCAAGCUUAUCGUUAAGCGAUCAGCUACAAUGGAUGGCCAGCUUUUCCUUAUGAAGUAUCUUCUUAUCUUGAGAGAACAGAUUGCGCCUUUUGACAUAGAAUUUUCAGUCACCCACAAAGAGCUUGAUUUCUCUCAUUUACUGGAACACUUGAGAAGGAUACUUAGAGGUCAAGCGUCACUUUUUGACUGGUCUAGGUCAAGCUCCCUAGCAAGGACCCUGUCACCUCGAGUUUUGGAGAGUCAAAUAGAUGCCAAGAAGGAACUAGAAAAAUGUCUUAAGACGACGUGUGAGGAGUUCAUCAUGUCAGUCACAAAGCUAGUUGUGGAUCCUAUGCUUUCAUUUGUGACCAAGGUCACAGCCAUAAAAGUUGCUCUUUCCACCGGAACUCAGAAUCAAAAGGUUGAUUCUGUCAUGGCUAAGCCGCUGAAGGAACAAGCUUUCGCUACACCGGAUAAGGUGGCUGAACUUGUUCAAAAGGUAUAUGCAGCAAUACAGCAAGAGUUGCUUCCGAUUUUAGCAAAAAUGAAACUCUAUUUGCAAAACCCAUCAACAAGGACCAUACUUUUCAAGCCAAUCAAGACAAAUAUAGUGGAAGCUCAUACCCAGGUGGAGUCCUUACUUAAAGCUGAGUACUCAGCAGAAGAACAAGCCAAUAUCAAUAUGAUCUCUAUUCAGGAUUUGCAAACCCAACUCGAUAAUUUCCUUUAAGGUCAUGGCUCAAUCAAUACCCAAUAUCCGAUUUAAUUAUUUUUGACUACUUUACAAGAGUUGGCUUUAGAGGAUAACAUAUAGCAUUAUUAUUAUGUAACAAAGAACUCUUCACACACUUUUGACCUCGAACAUUCAGUCUAUUUUGUUCUUAUGCUUAUAUGAGCUAGCUGUCAAGCUCUUCUUUGCUUGCUU